AUGGAUUCGAUUCGCAUGCUGUUAAAGGUAACGACGCUUGGAGCAAUAAACUCCGAUUUCGCUCGUCUCGAACGUGGCAAAGCAGACGGCAGGAUGAACCAAUUUGGAGUUGCGGUCAAUUGUGGAUUUAUCGAUGAGAAGGAAGCAAGAUCAGCGCAAACCAAGAGCAAUCUUCAUUUAUUGGCGAGUGAAUCCCUGAAGGUACGAAGUUCUCUACCGAUGUUAUACCGGACACCUAUUAUGGUGAAGCUGACACCUGAUUUAUCCGAUCGGGAUGUGCAGGAGAUAAUCGAAAUUGUAAACCACGAGGAAUGUCCGGUAGAUGGGCUAAUCGUCACAGGUACAACCGUUGAAAGAUGGACCAACCUGAAAAGUUUCAAUACCAAUCGUUCGGGCGGUUGGCUUGGGCAGCAUUUUCUCGAAAAAUCUGUUCAGUUUGCCGCGAAGGUGUGCAAAUGGACCGACUGUAAAAUUCCAACUGGCGGACUUAUCCGGGGUCGUGAGGCAUACAAUCAACUGUUCACCGGGUCCGAUACAGUUUAG